UGUGUGCAGCCUGAAUAAGUGAGUCCAGCCCAAGCACACCACACCUCUGCAACGGUCCCUCAGAACUAUCUUUAAUCCUGUGUGGAUGCGUGUGUGAGUGUGAACGCACAUUUCUCCAUCAGCGUGUGUCUGUAUGUGUGUCAGACGCUGGCUUGCUCAGCGCCGGCUCUCUCCGAGCUCUAAUCUCUUCGCUCUAGUGCUCUUUCUGCCUCAGUCUGAGGACGGACGCAUCCUAUCGCCUCUCCUGCUGGAGUUUGGCCGCUGCUGCUUUUGCCCUGGAACACCUUUGGCCUCCAUGAGUGCGUCUGAGGAAGUCCAGCCUCUCCCUGGAAGAUGGGAAAUACCACGGAAACUUCCCAUUUUGUUUCCAAAAUCCCAAUGGAACACGAUGUCUUUAUGGGUUCUAUAUACACAACCUUCUGUAUUCUGUCACUCUUGGGAAAUGGCAUCCUGCUCCUUGUUGCGUAUCGUAAGAGAUCAUCUCUCAAGCCGGCAGAAUUCUUCAUCAUAAAUUUAUCUAUUAGUGACCUUGGGAUGACAGUUACUCUCUUUCCCUUGGCGAUUCCAUCAGCCUUUGCUCACAAGUGGUUGUUCGGAGAGCUGACAUGUUUAUGCUAUGCUGUAUGUGGCGUCCUCUUCGGUUUAUCCAGCCUUACAAAUCUCACCGCUCUGUCUUCCGUCUGCUGCCUCAAAGUCUGCUUCCCAAGCUAUGGUAACAAAUUCUCCUACUCUCAUGCCUGUCUGAUGAUAGUGGGAGUGUGGUGCUAUGCGAUGGUGUUUGCUGUGGGUCCCUUGGCAAAUUGGGGUCACUAUGGCCCUGAACCCUAUGGGACAGCAUGCUGCAUAGACUGGUAUGCACCAAGCCAGGAUGCUCUGUCCAUGUCCUAUAUUAUCUGCCUCUUUCUCUUCUGCUAUGCCCUGCCUCUCGCAAUCAUCCUCCUCUCCUACAUUCUGAUCCUCAUCACUGUAAGAGGGUCACGGCAGGCAGUACAGCAACAUGUGUCACCACAGACCAAGACAACAAAUGCACAUAUCCUCAUUGUGAAGCUCUCAGUGGCGGUGUGCAUUGGUUUUCUGACCGCCUGGAGCCCUUAUGCUGUUGUGGCAAUGUGGGCUGCAUUUGUGGAACCCAGUAAAGUUCCCCCUAUAGCCUUUGCAUUAGCAGCUAUCUUUGCCAAAUCCUCCACCACCUACAACCCUGUGGUGUACCUGGUAUUCAAGCCUAACUUUCGUAAAUCUCUGAGCAAGGACACCGCUCAGAUUCGCAAACGAAUAUGUUCUAGCCCAUGUAAAGGAAGCCCUGUGCCUGGUGAGAAGGAUCUUCAACGGCAAACAUCUUUACGCUGCAACAAGGAUGCUAGCAACUCCACUCGACUUUCCAAUGGCCUAGUGGACGGCCAUGGGGCUUGUCUUCAUUGCACAGAGGCGGACCCUCAUUGUCAACAGACCCCACCUCAAAGGACUGCCCGUGUGCUGAUCGGUACAUCCUACAGCGAGGUGACUGUGAGUCAGCUGUCGGAGAAGAUGCAGGCUGACCUUCUGUGAAGGCCAUGUAGGCUCUCCUCAUGCCAGGACAAGUGUGAGGAAUAGAUGAAUAGGCAGCCUCAAAAUGAAACUUCUGGCCACUAGAGAUAAGCUUGAUGUGUCAGAGACAAACUGUGGUCACUUCUGAUACUGAUGUCAUGUAUAAGGAGCUGCAAAUCAAUUGACCCUGCACUAAGUCCAACCUUAAAAAGAUUACUGACCAAUCCUACCGUAGCAACUGUUGCUGUCCACAGUUUUAUCAGACUAGUUUCAUUUUACCGAAAGUAUGUUCACAGAACUUUGUGUUUCAUUCACUGUGAAAAAUAACAAAAGAUGAGUUAAAUAAGGUAAGCACCUGCAAAGCAUUUUGGAGUUUUCCCAACUUCAGUAGUUAGUUGUACCUAAUUAAAACUAGAACUAGUUAGUUGUACCUAAAUAGAACACAUUUUGAAAGGUUUAAUGGUUGCUCUUUACUACUUAUGUUAAGUCAACCUUCCUCAGCAAAUACAUCUGACACAACAUUAAGAAUUUUUUGAACGCUAAAUAUUUUGUUGAAUAAACUAUCAGUCUAUAACAUGCACUUUCUAAAUGCAUGUUAUUGAUGUUACUGUGAAGAAUUUAUCCAUGCAUAUGAACCUCAUACUUUUUUAAUUAAAAGGUCUCAGUUAAUGAAAAUGCCUCAAUCUUCUGGUGAAACAACAGACUAUGCUAGACUUUACCAAUCAUUUUGCUCACUUAAACCCUGACCCUUUGCUACAAUCGAAUGCUUACAUUUAUAUCUGCAUCAAUCUAAACAACAACAGAGGGAUAGAAUACUCAAAUGUGCAUCACAAUACACAAAAAAGAUUAAAUCCAUAAUAUUGUGACUUUAGGAAAACCGUUUUCACAACUGUCUAGCCCUGAAAGUUAAUAAACAUAUAAUUGCAUAGCAUUUGUUAAUAUGGAUAUAUUCAAAGAAUUGGACAAAACCUAACCAAAAUGAACAUUAAUCACAAUAAUGGUGACCUAAAAUGUAAAACAUUGAAAACACUACAUAUAUCGUCAACAUUUAAAUAUAAAUAAAAAUGAAUGUGCACAUCUUUGUAAGUCCCCAUGUUUUGAUCAAACAUGCACAUUUAAAUUAUCGAAGGGCAAGGGAUUAUGGGUAUUCCUCUAGCCACAAUUUUAUUUUAAAAGGCAUACUCAGUAAUGCAGCUAUGUGAGGUUCAAAUUGUUCAACAUUUAUAGCUUUACAUAAGCAAACAAGCAAUUCACAACCUUAAUUUACACUUUAGAAUUGCGUGCAUAAUAACUUAAAGGAAAAUAUUAAAUAAUUCCCAUAUAAUAUAUGAAAAUAAUAAUACUCAAAUCAAGUCAAGCUGUGAUUAAGUCAUAAGUGACAAUAAUAAGCAUGGUGGAAUGAGUGAUCAAACUUGACAUUAUAAUUUAUCAGUAUUUAAAAUUACCCAAAAGCUGUCAGUGUAGGGCUGGUCGGUUAACAUGUGUCCACUGAUAGAUUGUGCAACAGCUACAUCAUCUGCCCCCCAUAUAUAUAUAUAUAUAUAUAUAGUUAAUACAUUUUAUCUUAUACCUCACAAAUCAGACUGGUCAGCCGACAUUGUUUUUUUUUUUACUUUGUUAAUUUUUUUUUUUUUUACUGUUUAGGUGAAAUUCCUUAUCUGGUGCCCCAAAAUAAAAGAAAGAAGGAGUCAUCUGACAUGCUCACACUUAUAUGACAUCUGACCAUUACAUUAAUUUGGUGCCACAUGUGAGAACCACUAUAACAGUAUGUAUCACUGGCAAAACAUGUAGUCUGACCAAAAUUUAUUUUUGCAAGCAAUAUCAACUACAUUUUACUGUCCACUAAAAACCCACAUAGGUCAUAAAAAUGUUUGUGUGAAAAUCUCUCUUUAGCUCAUUGCGGUGAACCAUGACUUUGCCAGGAUCACCAGCAUACCAAGAAACAGUGGCUGACUUUGUUUAGCUAAUAGCACAGCUUUUGGCUGAUCAGAUCUUGUGAUAUUAGAGGAAGGUAAUUAAUCUUUCAAUGAAGUAGUGACAAAGGAGAAGAGGAGAUUCUUGCUUGCCAUUACUUAAGUUUCCCAGAACACCAACUUCUCUAUGGAGAAAGAAAGAAAGAAUAAAAGAAAGACAAGGGUCAGCUAAAGGAGUAAGCCUUGGGGAGGACAUGAGUUUUAUGUCUUGCUCAAGAGCACAAAAACCGACAUCUAUGUCAGCAGACCGCCCUGACAUUAACAUCCUCAUAAAAUGGUCUUUGUGUUCUACAAAAGUAUGUCUUUUAUAUAUACUCUAUCUAUACUAUUGUGAAACACCACUAACAGUUAUCCAAAGAAAUCAUUUAAAACUUGUAUGUAAUAUUAGUUUUUUAAAAGCAGCUGCAAUUUAAGAAAAAUAAAUAAAUAAAUGAAAAAAAUGUAAAAUAAUUUGAUCAUUACAUGAACUAAAAGACAUUUCUGAAUUUGGGAAUAUGAUAUCAUAUGACAUUCUGUAACAACGCUGCAUUUAUUGCUAUUUUCAUUAGUGAGCUAUGAUAGACUACAACAAGACUCACUGAUUUCAAUCUGCCAUUAGUUUUAAAAGUAGAACAAGUUAAAUUAAUCAGAUGAUCAAUAAAAUUUUCUUAUCGUAAAUAUUUUAAUUUCAUUUGAUUUUUAUCUGAUCAAAAAAUAUGAUUUUAGAUUAUUACUAAUUUUCCAUAAAACCCUUAGAGUGUCCAGAGCAUAUAACCCAAUAUAG